AUGGCGGGGAGCACGGACCUGACGAAGCAGGUGGAGGCGUUGCUGGAAGAUCCGUCGCAGACGAUUCUCAUGGCGAUGAAACUCUCCAAGAACCAGGCAUCGUGGACCGUCGCCGGGCGACGCGGGCGGCUGCAGAGCAAACCGCGUAUCCUCGCUAUUGGCGUGAGGCGCAAGGAGAACACGGGGAAACAGAAGCCAAAAAUCCACAUCAUCAAGCCCGGACCUCAAGGACUAGAGCUGCUCAAGUCAUACCGAUUGGGAGCCCUCACGAGCAUUGAGCUAGUCACCAGUGACACCACAGGCCGCUCCUUCCUCUUGGUGUUUGACGAGAAAACGGACAGCUCACAGCCUCAAUGGACCACAAGGACAGUCGACGACAGGAACCAGCUGGUGUUUCUGCUGCUCAAGAUGUGCAAGGACUAUCUGAAAACGCUCCCCAAAGUCAUUGGGCUCGAUGUGGUCGACCUCGCGCUGUGGGCCAAGAAAAACGCCAAGUCAUUGCCAGGAGGAGCACGGCUGACAGAGGAAGGGGAGGGCGAGGCGGUGGGGGUGGAGAGCGAGUCGAUGAUGGCGCAGGACAGCCUGGUGUCUAAGGUGGAGGAGGAGGACAUGGAGGCGCUGCUGGGCACGUUCAAGGUGGGAGUGGAUGGCGAGGCGGUGGGGGUAGAGAGUGAGUUGAUGAUGGCGCAGGACAGCCUGGUGUCCAAGGUGGAGGAGGAGGACAUGGAGGCGCUGCUGGGCAUCUAUGUGAUUGGAAUUGACGAGGCAGAGGCGUUCAGCGAGCGGCUGAAGAGGGAGCUGGGGGCAUUGGAGGCCGCGAACGUUCAUGCCAUUCUGGAAAGCGAGGCACUGGUGGAGGAGGUGGUUGACAGCCUGGACGAGGCGGCGGGACGAGUGGAGGACAUGGAGAACUGGCUGAACGUGUUCAACGUGAAGCUCAAGCACAUGCGCGAUGACAUUGAAUCGAUAGAGGCGCAGAACAACAUGCUAGAGAUGCAAGCAAAGAACAACAAGAAGCUCCUAGAGGAGCUCGAGACGCUCCUCGAGUCGCUCUACAUCCCGCCGCAGUGCAUCCGCGUGCUCUCCUCGGGCUCCCUGGACGAGCAAGCCAUGCCCAACACGCUCGAGGCCGUGGGGUGGCUGGUGGAUGCCGUGAAGAAGCUGGAGCCUCCGCAGCUGGACCAGAAUUACGUCAACAUGCGCGCGCCCGCCAUGCCCAACACGCUCGAGGCCGUGGGAUGGCUGUUGGACGCCGUGAAUAAGCUGGAGCCGCCUCAGCUGGACCAGAACUACGUCAACAUGCGUGCGGUGCGGGAGAAGAAGGCUGAACUCGACAGCUUGAAGAAUGGCUUCGUGCGGCGGGCCACUGAUUUCAUUCGCUCCUUCAUCUCCUCCACCGUCGAGGCUGCUGCGGAGCUGGAUCCCAACGUGCUAGACAACAUUCGGCGGACGUACAUCCACUCACUCAACAUGCUGCUCAGGCGCGAGACGUACAUCCACUCACUCAACAUUCUGCUCAGGCGCGAGAUCUCCGUGCAUCGGCGCGUGUCUCAGCCAAGGCCAGCACAGCUCCACCUGCUCUGGAGCAGGGCAGCGCUGCCUCCCUUUGACUGCAUGCUAACUGCCCCCUUAUUGCCCAACCUGCCCACCUCUCAGGCUCGUGAGUUCUCCACCGAUCUCCGUGCAUCAGCGCGUGUCUCCGCCAAGACCAGCACGGCCCCGCCUUUCCUUGAGCAAGGCAGUGCUGCCCUGCCGCCUGCUGCUGACUCCCAAGCUGCCAGCGACGCCUUUGCCAAGAUGCUCCGCGCGUUCCUGCCCUUGAUUUCUGAAGAGGGUCUCUUCUUCCAGCAGUUCCUCUGCUUCUCCCCAGCAGCAGACGACGAUGAAGAGCCCUUGUCUGAUGAAGAUGCGGCAGCACUGGCAGCAGCAGCGGAGCAGCUAUUCGAGGGAAUCCAUGAGGACUUUGUGGCGAUGGUGGAGUGGGUGUUCAAGGUGGACCCUCUGCGCUGCAUCACUCUCGUGGGGCACACGGAGGCGUGGCAGCAGCAGCAGCAGCAGCUGCAGUUGCAGCAUGGGGCUGAUGCCGGGGGGUGUGGAGCCGUUAUUACCAGGAAGCUUCUGCUCGAGCUGGAGACGAGAAUCAGGCAGAAUUUCUUCCGAUACGUGGAGGAGGCUAAUGGGCGGAUUGAACGGUACGACAGAGGCGUCAAGCAGGCGGGCGUGCUGUUGUACGUGCCUUAUUCACGACUUACCCCCACCUCUCCCGCUUCCCCCACCCUGCGCCUGUCCCUUUGUUCCUCUCUCCAGUACGUGGAGGAGGCGAAUGGGCAGAUCGAGCGGUACGACAGAGGCGUGAAGCAGGCGGGUGUGCCUUUAUUCAACCCAUCCCUCUUCCUCCCUCCCCCCUGCCAACCCCAGUAUGUGGAGGAGGCGAAUGGGCAGAUCGAGCGGUACGACCGGGGCGUGAAGCAGGCGGGCGUGCUGUCGUACGUGCCUCUACUCUUGAGUCGACUCAAAAGUCACUAUUAUGUGGAGGAGGCGAAUGGGCAGAUUGAGCGGUACGACCGGGGCGUCAAGCAGGCGGGCGUGCUGUCGUACGUGCCUCGCUUUGCAGCGCUGGCGGUGCGAAUGGAGGGGCUGGUCAUGGGCUCGUGCAGAGACCUGGUGGACCAGGCUUAUAACAAGCUGCAUGUCAAGAUGGCAGUGCGAAUGGAGGGGCUGGUCAUGGGCACGUGCAGAGACCUGGUGGACCAGGCCUACAACAAGCUGGUGAGGCGUGGGGUGGGGAAGAAGGGUGGGGAAGAGGGGUGGGGAAGAGGAGUGGGGAAGAGGAGUGGGGAAGAGGGGUGGGGAAGAGGGGUGGGGAAGAGGGGUGGGGAAGAGGGGAUGUGGGCACUCAUAGGGAUGUUGGUGGUCCGCGCGAAUGGGAACGUGCAGGGACCUGGUGGACCAGGCGUACAACAAGCUGGUGAGAGAGAGAAGGGCGUGAAGGGGGGUGGGAAUGGGUGCAGUGGGAAUGGAUGGGGCAAUAAAGGAAUGGAGGGGCUGGUCAUGGGCACGUGCAGAGACCUGGUGGACCAGGCGUACAACAAGCUGGUGAGGCACAGGGUGGGGGCAGCUCAGAGCGGCCCCAAGUACUGCGGCAUGCUUUUUCCAUCCCAUAUCCGCCUCUCUGCCACCCUACGCUCCCCCCAUUGCCUUCCUCCCUUCCCCCUCCCUCAUUCCUCCCCCCCAUCAUCUCCAGGUGAGCACCAUCCCAGAUCGACCCCAAGCACUGCGACUUGCUUUUUCCAUCCCAUAUCCGCCUCUCUGCCACCCUACGCUCCCCUCAUUGCCUUCCUCCCUUCCCCCUCCCUCAUUCCUCCCCCCCAUCAUCUCCAGGUGAGCACCAUGUUCUCUACGCUGGACCGCAUAGCCCAGAUCGACCCCAAGCACUGUGACGUGAGCACCAUGUUCUCUACGUUGGACUGCAUAGCCCAGAUUGACCCCAAGCACUGCGAUGUGCUGCUGCUGGAGAAUCAUGCGGCCUUCCAGAACAGCACAUACGACCUGGCGGGCACCAUCCCCACGCUGCGCCUCUUCUACCAGCAGUCCAUUCCAGUGAGACGUACGAGACUGCCGGCUCGAAUGGCAGCCGCUCACCUCGCACUCAUUCUCCCCAAUCCCCGCUAUCUGUGUGCGACAAGGGCUCACAAGAAGGGGAGUGACGGGGAGGGAGCGGAGUGCCUCUUCUACCAGCAGUCCAGUGAGACAUACGAGACAGCAUGCACGCGCCACAUCGACUCAGUCAUCUUCGGGGCUCUGCGUGGGCUCUCUGUGUGCGAGAAGGGCUCUCUACAGACGGCAUGCACGCGCUACAUCGACUCAGCCAUCUUCGGGGCUCUGCGUGGGCUCUCUGUGUGCGAGAAGGGCUCUCUACAGACGGCAUGCACGCGCUACAUCGACUCAGCCAUCUUCGGGGUGAGUUCCUGGGUGAACGUUCUUUCUCUGCGGAGAGUGACAAGUAGGAGGAGAGGGGCCCUGCUGCCACUCAAGUGA